CACUUGCAACAGGGAGAUUCGAGGCUAUGUUACCUGAUGAGGAUGUUUCUCUUCCAUCACUUAAGACUCUGUUUCUUGACCGGAUUUGUUUCUACAAUACUGGUUUUUGUGUUUUGGGAAAGCUUCUUUCUGCGUCCCCUUUGCUUGAGGAAUUAACCAUUCUUUGUCCCAGCUGGCAAUAUGGGAGUUGCUGCCGCAAUGUCUCCUCUUCCACACUAAAGAAACUUACCAUUAUCUCUGAUCCUCAGCUUGAGUUUUGGGACUUGGUUUUUGAUACUCCCACUAAGCUUGAUCUUAGUUUAUGUCGUGGUAUUAGCAAUCCAACAAAUCUGAUUAUGGGGUUAACCAAUGUUGAGGUCUUGGAGUUAUCAUCUGUUGAUACUUCAAAGAUGUUCUAUCAUUUCCGGGAAGCAAUCCCAUUUCCAAUACUUCUAAUGAGUUCUCCAAAUCUACACACACUCGUCAUCAAGGGUCCAUUGCACGCUGAUGAAUGGGAACCGAAAUAUAGAUUGUCAUGUCCUGUGAAAGUAUUGAAGAUAACCGAGUAUGGAGGAAAGAGAGGAGAGCUAAAGCGAAUGAAACACUUACUAGAGAAGCUGUCAUGUCUUGAGCUUGUCAAAGUUUGUGCUUGUGCAAUAAACGACAAUGAAAAGUCUCGAAUCACCAAAGAUCUGCUAAUGGUUCCUAGAUCGUUCAAUUGCAACAUCCAGGUCAAGUCUUCUGAGAAAACUAAUAUGUUCCGAUACCCAACACUACUGAGGACCAUGCCUCUGUUGUUAUCAGUAGUUACAAGCAUUAUAAGCACAAGGGCGGUUAUUGCCGCUGCAAUGAUCAUCCAGGACGACUCUAGUUAUGGUCCUUGUACAGUUUAAUGUAGAAUUUGAUAAGUUAUGGUAUUAAGAUUACAUGAAUCUGUUCAUUUACAUAAUCCCUCUAGCAACAAAGUGAACAAGUAAAG